GAGACUUUUUAGUUAGGCAGGGACUGCGUUGCUUAGCAGCUCGGAGCAGGACUUUUCUCCUCUCGCUCUCCGCGGAUUUGUCCUCGAAGGCACCACCGGCAUGGCCUAUAGCGUGACUCUCAAGGGACCCUCCCCGUGGGGGUUCCGCCUGGUCGGGGGACGGGACUUCAGCACGCCGCUGACCAUCUCCCGGGUAACGGCGGGCAGCAAGGCGGCUCAAGGCGACCUGUGCCCUGGCGACACCAUCCUGGCCAUUAAUGGCGACGUCACCGAGCACAUGACCCACAUGGAGGCCCAGAACCGGAUCAAAAACUGCACCCAGCAGCUCUCCCUCAUCAUCAACAGGUCAGGAUCGGAGGAGCGAGUGUGGUCGCCGACGGUUAGUGAAGACGGCAAAACAAGCCCCUACACGGAGACUGAUUCCCAGAAAUUCCGGCCAAUCACCAGCGGCUACACCAACUACAGCCGUAAGUCCUCGUACACGCCCGAGCCGCAGGUCCCGCCGCCUCCGCCUCCGCCGCCCCCUCAUACGAACAACGGCUAUUCCAAGAUGGCCGCCAACAACAACAACAACCACCACAACAACGGCCACAGUUACCCGUACGGCAAUGGCACCGGGGGCCACGCCGCGUACAACAACCCGGCCGGACUGUACUCGCCCAACGCGGACAGAUCUCUGCCAGAAAAACUGGGGGGUCUCAGCCUGAGUGCCUCUCACAGCCCCGAGCCCCACCAGCUGUCCCCUGCGGGCCGCAACGGCGUGGACAUGCAGUCGCACGUCUACAAGAUGCUGACGGACUACGAGGAGCCGUCCUCGGAGCCUAAACAGUCCGGAUCCUUCAAGUACCUUCAGGGAAUCCUGGAAGCUGAAGACGGAGGCGUGUCGCCAACCGACAGGAUGAGAAACCUCAAGUCUCCGGUCAGAUCCCCCAUCCAGAAGCUGGGGAGUCCGAUUCCUGGCUCCAUGUCUGGUCUACAGAUGCUGCCCCAGUGCACACGCUGCUGUAACGGCAUCGUGGGCACCAUCGUGAAGGCGCGGGACAAACUGUACCACCCCGAGUGCUUUGUGUGCGACGACUGCGCCACCAACCUCAAGCAGAGGGGCUACUUCUUCAUCGAGGACAAUCUGUACUGUGAGACCCACGCCAAGGCCCGCGUGCAGCCCCCGGAGGGCUACGACGUGGUGGCCGUCUACCCCAACUCCAAGGUGGAGAUCGUCUGAGGCGGCAAGGAAAGGUCAGCAAGUGUCUACUGAGUGUCCCCCUCGCCACGCGGGCACCUUCCUCACCAACCACAUCUUCCCCCGGGGGGGUCGGCGCGCUAACACCCCAUCGCUUCUGUCACUUUUUGUCCUGUUAGUCACCAGCGCUGUGGCUGGAAUGUCGGCGUGUUGACCUUUGACCGGAGCUGAACAACUCCAUAUGCUCGCUCCACCUUGGCUAAAGUAAACAAACCCAAAAGGAGGGUCUCAUUACGCUCCAGUCAGAUUUUUCAUUUCCUCCUGUGCGGGCCCACAAAAAAACCUUAAUGGUAAUCAUAUUCAGAUCUGAUGGCAGUGUAAACUAAUCACCCUUUAAGAAUGAUUCCAUACUUCUACACUCACAUCUGUGUUUCCUCUAAUAGUGGUUCAUUUUGUUGACGAAAAAUGUUCGUCAUAGUUAUCGUCAACGACCUUUUUUUCUGACUAAAGCGUGACAAUAACUAAAUAAAAAAUAAUUUACGUGGACUAAGACGAUGACGAGGUGUAUAGACGUAUUUGUCAACGAAUAAAAACGAGACGAAAAUGUCUGCCAGAGACGAAAUCCAAUCGGAACUCAUUUCGUCAAGAAGAGGCGGGAGGAGUUGGGAAGAGAACCAAUCAGAGCGACGUGGUAAGGAAGUUACCUUAACGUAGUUUACAGUAGGGGUGGGCGAUAUCGCAAAUUUGGGUAUCGAUUUCGAUCCGAUACGAUACCGGCCAGUAUCGGCGAUACCAAUACGAUACCGGAAGUGUCGUCAUCUGAUGGAGUGGUGGGGGGGGACUUCGGGGUAUCGAUACUUUUGAAAAACAAAUUUGUACUUUUGCCUUUAUUAAUUGAUUAUGAUAAUAAUACAACACAGGACAACGAUUUAAGUCAAAAAAUAAAAUAUUUAUUCCAAAAGUAAUAUCAAUAGCAAUAAAGUAAUGCAAAUAAGGUGCAAACAACUACUGAACCUGGCUUGUCGCCUCAAAACACACAAAAACUUAAGGUAAAUAACCAAACUCUAGUUAUUGGACAAAGUUGUAAACAUGAACACAAAACAAAAGAACUGAGAAAUUCAAAUAAAAAAGUAAUAAUAUCAAUUACAAUAAAGUAAGUAGUGCAAAUAAGGUAAAAAAAAAAAAAAACCUGAACUUGGCUAGUCGCCUCACAACACACAAGAACUUAAGUAAAAAAGAAAACACUAGUUAUUAAAGGGGAACAUUAUCACCAGACCCAUGUAAGCAUCAAUAUAUACCUUGAUGUUGCAGAAAAAAGACCAUGUAUUUUUUUAACCGAUUUCCGAACUCUAAAUGGGUGAAUUUUGGCGAAUUAAACACCUUUCUGUUUAUCGCUCUUUUUGCGAUGACGUCAGAAUGUGACAUCUCCGAGGUAACACACCCGCCAUUUUCAUUUUCAACACAUUACAACCACCGGGUCUCAGCUCUGUUAUUUGUUUUUUCGACUAUUUUUUGGAACUUUGGAGACAUCAUGCCUCGUCGGUGUGUUGUCGGAGGGUGUAACAACACUAACAGGGAGGGAUUCAAGUUGCACCACUGGCCCAAAGAUGCGAAAGUGUCUGCCGCCAGACCCCCAUUGAAUGUGCCAGAGUGUCUCCACAUUUUACCGGCGAUGCUAGGGCAGACAUGGCACAGAGAUGUAUGGAUAACCUGCAGAUGCAUUUGCAACGAUUAAGUCAACAAAAUCACAAAGGUGAGUUUUGUUGAUGUUGUUGACUUACGUGCUAAUCAGACAUAUUUGGUCGCGGCAUGACUGCCAGCUAAUCGAUGCUAACAUGCUACGCUAAUCGAUGCUAACAUGCUAUUUACGCUAGCUGUUUGUACAUUUGAAACUAGAUACCCACAUUUAAUGCGAAACAAACACUUACCAAUUGACGGAUUUAAGUUGCUCCAGUGUCAAAAGAUGCGAAAGUCCUCAUCAUUUGGUUCGCACAUUUUACCGGCGAUGCUAAUAAGGCAGCCAUGCUAUGGGCCACUUCAUUAGGUACACCCACGCUAUGGCUGAAUAGCGUCAAUAGCUAUUCGCUCAAUAGCUUCAAUUUCUUCUUCAAUUUCGUUUUCGCUAUCUGCCUCCAUACUCUGACCAUCUGUUUCAAUACAUGCGUAAUCUGUUGAAUCGCUUAAACCGCUGAAAUCCUAGUCUGAAUCUGAGCUAAUGUCGCUAUAUCUUGCUGUGCUAUCCGCCAUGUUGUUUGCAUUGGCAGCCCUGUAUCACGUCACACGGAAAUGGACAGUGGUUUCGAAGAUAGCGAAAAUAAGGCACUUUAGAGCUUUAUUUAGGGAUAUUCCGGGACCGGUAAAAUUUUGAAAAAAACUCCAAAAAAUACAACAAGCCACUGGGAACUGAUUUUUAUUGUUUUUAACCCUUUUGAAAUUGUGAUAAUGUUCCCCUUUAAACAGUUGUAAAAAUGAACACAAAACAAAAUAACUGAAAAAUUCAAAUAAAAAAGUAAUAAUAUCAAUUACAAUAAAGUAAAUAGUGCAAAUAAGGCGAAAACAAAUACUGAACUUGGCUAGUCGCCUCACAACACACAAGAACUUAAGUAAAAAAGAAAACACUAGUUAUUAAACAGUUGUAAAAAUGAACACAAAACAAAAAAACUGAGAAAUUCUUAUCGUUAUUUUAGUGCAAUAAAAUACUUUACAGUUUACAACCAAGACAUUAAGUCGCACUAGAAACGCACGUGUGUGUGUGUGCGUUUCCGAGUGAACCUCGGAGCGAAUUAUACAUAUGUGUGUGCGUGAACGCACCAAGCGUCAUGUUAAUUGUAUUUAUUUUAUUUUAUUUUGGGUUGAAGAUGAAUUUAUAAAGUGUUUUUAAAUCUCGUUCGCGACCCAUCACUAGGGGGGAGGGUGGAGUUGUGAGGAGCGCUGCGCUGCGCUCACAUUUCUUUUUAAAUCGGAGUGAUUCGCUUAAUUUGGUGAAGUAUCGAUACCAUCACGCCAGUAUCGAUACGAUACAGAUACUCAUCAAGUACUUACUUGUGAGAUACUAUAUUUGUGACAUGAUUUUCAUCAAAAUACGACUUGUAUCGGUGAUUUUUCCGCUGUUUUGCUUUGACUUUCAGAAAUUGAAGGGAAAGUUUACAUAUUACCCUUUAGUCGACUAAAUCUACUGUAGUUUUUGUCGACUAUAAUCUUAUGAUAUUUCGUCGACUAAAACUAAAACAAUUUAAAUAACUAAAUUAUGACUAAAACUAAAUUACAUUUUAGUCAAAAGACUAUGACUAAAACUAAAUCAAAUUUUGCUGUCAAAAUUAACACUGGUGGCCUGAAGUGCGUUUAUACUCAACUGCAGAAGAGACCAGGCAUGCAGACGGCGUCUUAUCGUCCUAAGAAAUUUUCCAACAAUAUAAAGGCCUACUGAAAUUAUAUUUUCUUAUUUAAACGGGGAUAGCAGGUUCAUUCUGUGUCAUACUUGAUGCUUUUGCGAUAUUGCCAUAUUUUUGCGGAAAGGAUUUAGUAGAGAACAUAGACAAUAAAAUUUGCAACUUUUGGUGCUGAUAAAAAAGCCUCGCCUUUACCAGAAGUCGAAGACGAUGAUGUCACAAGGGUGAAGGCGCUGUCACGCCAAAUUUCUUCCCCCUACAAAAUCCUUCCCUUCCGGAAGGCCCUCCGAAAUCCAGCAUUUUCCACAACAUACAACUCACUCGACGUUAUCCCGUUUAUUACACGGCUUACUUGUGAAAUACUAAAUUUGUGACAUGAUUUUCAUCAAAAUACGACUUGUAUCGGUGAUUUUUCCGCUGUUUUGCUUUGAAUGUCAUAAAUUAAAGGGAAAGUUUAAAUAUUACCCUUUAGUCGACUAAAUCUACUGUAGUUUUCCUCGACUAUAAUCUUAUAUUUCGUCAACUAAAACGAAAACAAUUUAAAUAACUAAAUUAUGACUAAAACUGAAUUACAUUUUAGUCAAAAGACUAUGACUAAAACUAAAUCAAAUUUUGCUGUCAAAAUUAACACUGGUGGCCUGAAGUGCGUUUUUACUCAACUGCAGAAGGGACCAGGCAUGCAGACGGCGUCUUAUCGUCCUAAGAAAUUUUCCAACAAUAUAAAGGCCUACUGAAAUUGUAUUUUCUUAUUCAAACGGGGAUAGCAGGUCCAUUAUAUGUGCCAGCAACUUGAGGGUUGCAGGUUCGAUUCCCGCUUGUGCCAUCCUAGUUACUGCCGUUGCGUCCUUGGGCCUGUGAUGAGAUAGCGACUUGUCCAGGGUGUACCCCGCCUUCCGCCCGACUGUAGCUGAGAUAGGCGCCAGCGCCCCCCGCGACCCCAAAAGGGAAUAAGCGGUAGGAAAUGGAUGGAUGGGUGUCCUUGGGCAAGACACUUUACCCACCUGCUCCCAGUGCCACCCACACUGGUUUAAAUGUAACUUAGAUAUUGGGUGUCAGUAUGUAAAGUGCUUUGAGUCACUUGAGAAAAGCGCUAUAUAAAUAUAAUUCACUUUACUUCACUUCACAUACUUGAUCAUUUCGCGAUAUUGCCAUAUUUUUGCUGAAAGGAUUUAGUAGAGAACAUAGACGAUAACAUUUUCAACUUUUGGUGCUAAUAAAAAAGCCUCGCCUUUACUGGAAGUCGCAGACGAUGAUGUCACAAGGGUGAGGGGGCUGUCACGCCAAAUUUCUUCCCCUCCUACAAAAACCUUCCCUUCCGGAAGCCCCUCCAAUGCCUGAAGGACCCCAAUGAGAGCGGAACAAUACCAAGUUAUAUGACUCUUGAGGGUUACAGCUGCAAAAUUAGCGAAGUAAAAAUAGAUUGAAAGGUUAACAUGCUGGAAUGCUAAUAUUUUUUCCUCACUGUUAUUUUUCACCAAUGACAAUCAAGCAAAUUAUAAUGCUUUUAAAACAGGCAGCUGUGUGGGCUGCUUUAAGGUCCUUCCACCCUCAUUGGGGUCCUUCAAGCAUUAACGCCAAAUGUCUUCCGGGGGGAAGGUUUUUGUUGGGGGAAGAAAUUUGGCGUGACAGCUCCUCACGUCCUCCCAUUGUCUUUAAUGGGAGCCUCCAGCAUUAUGAGCUAUUCGGGCUGAGGAAACAACAAUUUCUCCAUUGAUGAUAUUGAUAGCGAAGGACUAGAAAAAAAAAGAAAUAAAUAAAAUAAAAAGCGACGGCUCCGGGCGGCGGCAGUGAGAGCAUUUCAGAUGUAAUUAGACACAUUUACUAGUAUAAUUCUGGAAGAUCCUUAUCUGCUUAUUGUUUAAAUAGUGUUUUAGUGAGAUUGUAAAGACAUACCUCGAGGUCGGAUGGCUGCGGUGAACACGCAGUGUCUCAGAGAGAAGCCGAGGAGCCAAGCUCACAGCUGCCAUUGCAAAAAAACUAAACAAAAAAAAGACUCAAACUCAAU